AUGUUCCGUUUGGCCAGUCCACGUAUAUUGAAUCCGCUCCGGCUUGGGGCCGGUUUGAGAUUCAACUCUAGUGGGUCACUAUUUAACGAGGUCAGUUCUGCGCCAGCCACUCCGCAACCUGUCGAAAACGAAUCCGCUGAAAAAAUCACUACGCCGGAACAGGACGCCAAACUCCAGGCUUAUUUGCAUCCCUCGCCCUUUCUCGCCGUCGAGUCCCUUGUUUCUCCGCUCAAGCGCGAACUUUACAAUAUGAACGUCAAGAAAAAUGGCUUCUUCAUCAACAACCAAACCAUGAAGCUCGAUGGUGCCGAGUACAAGUUGUGUCUCAGCAGGCAGGAGAUCGAGGCUCUUGAGCCUUCAGUUUACUUGAGAUCGUACCGAAUCAAGUCUUCGGUUAAAAAGACCAACAUCGUGCUGCGUGCUCUGAAAAACAUGCCUCUGAAAAAAGCCAUCACUCAGCUCCAUUUUUUGCAGAAGAAAGUGGCCAGACCACUGGCGGAGUUGCUCGAGCGCGGUGUUGACGACGCGAAAAAAAUGGGAUACAACCCUAACGAUUUGUAUGUGGCGGAAUCAUGGGUUCAUACUGAUGGACAGUGGCAAAAACGGCCAGAAUUUAAGGGCCGUGGACGGUCUGGUGUCAUUUUGCACCGCUACGUUAGCGUGCGCUUCUUGCUCAAAUCAAAACAGACUCUGAACAGAUUAAAGUUCGAGGAGGAGCAAAAAUUCCUCAAGCGUCCAGUUUGGAACAAUGUCACAAAGACCAAGCUGAUUGGUGAUAGUGGACAGUACAAGUGGUAA